AUGAUGAUUGGCUUUUGGCAACAUGAAAUGAAUUUGCAAGUGCAGGCCCCUGAUGUGACAGGACAUAGAGAACCUGAACCUGCACUGGAGCCCCUCUCAUUAUACCAAGUCUUCCUUGAGAAGCGAGCUGCCGCCCUCUUGGGACUGGGACAGGACGAUCCAGAUGAUGAUCUUGAUGAGCUGGUUCAGCAACAUCUCCAGUGGCAUCACACGGUCACGAGAAUUGAUCGGCUGACAACCCUCUACGGGUUUGAGGACCUUCACGCAGAAGCUCUUGCUUACCGAAGAUCGAGAGGUUCAUGGCCAUGUUUGGUGGUUAGCGGCUUGAUUCAAGAGAUUGUGCUUUUCCUGGAUAUUGAGUUUGAUGAACAUCUUGAUUUCCAGAGUCAGACAGUAAAAGCAUUGAUUCGGUCCAGAGUCGAACCGCGAGUAUCACUUUUUUCAAGAGUGACGAUGGCGGCAGUUCGCCCGCCGCUGACGGUGAGGGAGCAGGAUGAUAGCGAUGACCUCUAUGUCCUCAUCGGAGAGGAGUUGAAUCCUUCUUCUUCCCUGGUAAUGGUGGUCAUAUGGGAUCAUCGGCAAGACGAAAGUGUUGAUUUGCAUCCUUUAGAGCUGCCUCAACGGAUGAUGACGGAAAUGCUACUGGAAGAGGUCGGUAUGGGAAGAAGAUGUGGGCUACCAUUUGUGGAAUGUGUAGUCAAGCACUCCGAACAUGAGCUGCCUUUGCUUAUAUCCUGGCGACCUUUCCCUGGAAUGAAAAUUGUGAUUGAUGUAGGAAUCAAGAGAUGUGACAUUUGGCAGCAAGACUGGUCUGCAGGCCUGAGUGCUGCAGCAGCAUCUGAUUUCUCUUUGGAUGGUGAGGUGGCGUGGUUGAUGCAACGCCGAAUCCUGCUUCGAAACAACUAUGAUGUACUUCGACAGUAUGCAGCUGGAUGGACGACGACCACUGUGGAGCUGACUUUCUGGUUCCACAAUACGGUUGAAGAACGGAUACAGCAGCAUCCUGCAAAAGCAGUUUUUUCGGUUGUGACCUCUGACUUCCAAGAAGAUGACUUUGCACAACUCAUUCCUAGAGACGGGGAGAUUGUACCUGUCGACCCUGCACCCAUAUUGCUGGUGCUCCCUCGACCGCAUAUUUUGGUCCUUGGUGUGGUUGCCCACCAGUAUGUCCCUGUCUUGUGCAAGGUUAACAUUGAGGGCAGACAAAAUUUGAUGUCGAUAUUGGUUGACUCGACUUAUCCACCGGUCAGUGUUGAUGCCAUUUUCGACUUGGUGAUGCCAGAUCACCUCUGCCGUUCUGCGGCAAUCUGCCAUGCUCUCUACAGAGAUGAGAGGAAGCAAUUUUAUCAUGAUAUUGAGCUGCAAAAGGGAGAUUUUAUUGAACUCUUUUCCUGGUUUCUUGAUGAUGAUCAGACAUCCUGUGGAGACGAUAGUCCUGAAUCAAUUUCAUCGGAUGAGAUCUGGGAUUCCUCUGUGAUGCCUCACCCGAGCGUCCUGCCAGAGGACAUAAAUGGUGAUGCUGAUCUUUUCUCCUUGAUGCAGACCAACCCACAGACUGAUCGGGGGGUACGCAUUGAUGCGGGUCAUCAACUUCGAAUGGAAUCAGAUCUGUUGUAUCGGGCAGUGGCGAGCUCAUCCGACCACACACUUGCUUCAGUACCACAAGGAGGAACUGCAAAGCUCUGGCUGUUGGCGGCAGAAGCAAAUGGGCUGCACGAUACUGUCAUUCGGGUCGAGUUGAGGAAUCCGUUUGCUGAACGACCGCCGCCGAUCUCAUCAGAGAACAAUGAUAUGCUGAUCCUUGGAGCCAGUGCACGUGACAUGGAGCAAGGGAAGCGGGUUCUUCUGAUGGACUUGAUUUAUUCCAAUGUCCUGCGCAGAGGAGCAGUUCGAUUUGGUAUUUUGAUGACUGUCGCUGAAAUUGUACGUCUUUUUGCCGGUCGUUCAAUACCAAUCGAUAGCCCCUUGCUUUUCGCUUUUGAGAUGUACUGGUUUUCUCCGGCUGGGGUCCGCGUUUAUACAGCGUCAGAGAUCCCCUCUGUGCCUGAUGGAUCCUAUGUGCGAGUGGUGGAAAAGGCUAAUCCAUGUCGGAAUGCGAUGAGGCCACUUUCUCCGGACCCAGAACUGGUGCGAUGGGCUGAAGCUGCAGGUACCCAAACCCAUGAAAGCGAUGCUGCAGAUAAUCUGGAUCAGGACUCCAUGGGACUCUUGCAAAAGUCGAUCAAGAGUGAUGUGAGGGAUAACACUGCAACCCUUGACAUUGAGGAGAUGGAUGGCUCGAGACAGGAUGGACGGCCCUAUGGGUUACGGCCUCCUUUGUUUCGCUGUUACGUUUUCUGGUGUCAUCAGAUUGCAGACAUGCUCCGACCACCUGGCAACACUACGGUCUUCUGGCUGAGUACUGACCUUGAUGAUCUGGAUGACUGGGUGGUCUACCAUGGAGCCCUUUUUAUCAUUGACAGCAAGUUCACUUCGGAGAAGCAGGUCCUUUCUUUGAACGAUCGACUUGACUUGCCAGACAAUACCCCUCGUGGGAAUGAGAAAGUCCAGCCUUUUGAGAUUGCUCUUCCUGACUUCACGCCUUUUUUUGACAUCAUCUUUCAGAAAAGACCGAAGAUGGAUAUUGUCUGGGAGGCGGUGAUUCUGGCGCUCCCUGAGGCUGUGAGAGUAGAGGCACAAGAGCUUGUCGCCUGCCACCCGACUGAUCUGACUAGUAUCAGUAUUUUCACGGACGGAUCAUGGAUGCCUGAGCCUGGGGAUCAUGCAGCGGCCUGGGCAGUCAUUGUCAUUGGACAUGGCACUGGCGGUGAUUUCACUCUUGACUGUGACUAUGGUCUAGUGGUCAGCGAGCCAAUGGAGCAGGGAUGGACAGGUGCACAGGUUUCAGAUGCACGAGCGGCUGAGACAGCUGCCUUGAUCAGAGCGAUUGAACGGACGAUUUACUCGGGAAUGGAGAAACCCAUUUGCUUCUGUUUCGAUGCAGCGGCAGUGGGCUUCGCUGGAACUGGUACUUUCCGGACUGGAGAAGCUGACCGGCAUGGCCGAAUUCUUCGAGCUAUGGUUGCAGCAAUAGAGAAAUUCCUGCCGCCAAAUUGUCAACCGAAAUGGCAGCAUGUUAAGGGUCAUCAGGGCAAUGUCGGAAAUGAGUUGGCGGAUGUUGUACUGGUGUCAGAGCCUGAGCUUCAGCUGGUGCGUGCAAGAUGUCGCGGGGUCGAGCUUCUUAUAGUGAAUGGUCAUGCACCGCACAGCGGCCACUCGAUGGAAGAGAUUGCCCAAUUCUGGAAGCGCCUAGAGACGCUGGUCAUCAUUGGCAUUAUUCUCGAUGGGGUCGUGGCAGCGGGUUUGGUCCCGAAUCUGAAACAUGGCAAGACUGAACUCCUGAUCGACAUCCGUGGCAAGGGAGCUAAUUCAGUGAAAAAGACCAUUUAUCAUACAGACUACCAAUUGGUGGCAAUCAAGUGGGGGAGAGUGAGGAUCUUGAAUGAGUUUCACCUUCCGGACCCUGAAGUGACGAUCUGCCAAGCCAGACUCAGACAGCUGCUCCAACGAGUCCAGGUUCCAUAUCCCAUUGAACAAUGUUGGGAGGAGCUGGCUGCUUUCCUUUUGUCUUCACCAGGACGGUGGAAGAAGAUUCUGAAGAAAGCUGUGGCUCGACAUAUUGGAACUAGAAAAUUAGAUGCAGAAUGGAAUGCAUGGCAUUCGACCAUCACGCAUGAAGUCCUACAGGUAAUGCGGACUGGCUUGACCAACUACGAGCGCGACCGGUGCUCGCGCGGACGGACCCUCGCGGCCGCGCUCCAGCGGCUGGGCUUGGCGGAGCGAACGGAGCUCACGCUUCACCUGGUAGGCGCCCAGUGGCGCGAGGAGGGUGGAGACCUUGGCAGCGUCCUGGGGCUCACCGCGGAGCCGCUGCUGGCGUCCCAAGCUGCGCCCGGGCUGAGCGUGCUGCGGAUUGGACUGGCGGGUCCAACGGCCUUGGAUUCGGUGAGGAGCGAAGAUUCACGCGAUGCUUCUGAGAUGCUGGGAGACCUGCAAGUGGAGAUCCGUCAUCGUGCAGGGCUCUACCACGAGGUGAGUUUUGAUGACUGGCCUGCGCCAGAUUUGGUUUGCGCCUUCCAGCCGGGAUUUUGGGGCUAUGACACCUGGGAGCUUUCCGUCCAGCAGGCUCUUGCAGAGGCCCCCUUGCUUGUGACAAGCUACAAUGAAGAGGAGGCCGAGGAAGAGCAUCACACUUUGCUGUCCCAGUUCCGGUGCAACGAAGAGUGCGACCUGGAAGCGUUUCAGUCUACCGGUAAGCGAUGA